GAAGAAAAGAAGAAAGACGAGAUUUAGGAGUGUGUGGGUUUUUCCGUUUUUCUCUGUUUUUACCGGCGCCGUCUACGGUGGGGAAUGCAGAGAGAUGAGAGGAUUUUCGUUUGCAAGGCCUGAGCUGUGUGUACGCUCCAAAAAGUCCCUCGGCGGCAGGACUUGCCACCGGAAACACGUCGAGGACGGGUGAUCUGCUCUGCAAAGAUCAGAAUCACGUCCUACUCUUCAAUCCUUUUCCUUUCUGUUUCUUAUUUGUUCUUGUAAAUACUUAAAUUUCAGAUCUCCAGCGGUUCCGGCUGUGAAAGUUAAUAAUGGCGGAGAAAAGUAAGGCUGGUCAUUCGAGUUUGCUCCACGGGAAAUACGAGUUGGGGCGGAUGCUGGGGCAUGGCACCUUCGCGAAGGUGUACCACGCUCGGAAUCUGCAGACGGGGAAAAAUGUGGCGAUGAAGAUUGUCGGUAAAGAGAAGGUGAUUAAAGUCGGUAUGAUGGAGCAGGUCAAGCGGGAGAUUUCGGUUAUGAAGAUGGUGAAGCAUCCGAACAUAGUCCAGCUUCACGAGGUCAUGGCGAGCAAGUCUAAGAUCUAUUUCGCCAUGGAGCUCGUUCGAGGCGGGGAGCUGUUUGCAAAGAUAGCGAAAGGUCGGUUGCAGGAAGAUCAGGCCAGAGUGUAUUUCCAGCAGUUGAUUUCGGCGAUCGAUUUCUGUCACAGCCGCGGCGUCUACCACCGCGAUUUGAAGCCAGAGAAUCUGCUUCUGGACGAGGAUGCGAAUCUCAAGGUUACGGAUUUUGGACUCAGCGCGUUCUCUGAGCACUUGAAGCAGGACGGGCUGUUGCACACGACUUGCGGAACGCCGGCGUACGUGGCGCCGGAGGUGAUUGGGAAAAAUGGAUAUGAUGGGGCCAAGGCAGAUCUCUGGUCUUGUGGUGUGAUUCUGUACGUUCUUCUCGCCGGAUUCUUGCCAUUUCAGGACGACAAUUUAAUUGCCAUGUAUAGGAAGAUUUACAGAGGAGAUUUCAAGUGUCCACCGUGGUUCUCCCCUGAAGCGCGCCGACUAAUCACGAAGCUUCUGGAUCCCAACCCGAGUUCUCGAAUCACCAUUUCAAAAAUCAUGGAGUCGUCUUGGUUCAAGAAAUCCGUCCCAAGGACUCUCCAAACCGAAGAGGAAUCCGAAUUCGACGCAAAAGAGGACAAAUUUGGCGACAAAACGUCGAAGCAGCCAGAGACGAUGAACGCGUUCCACAUAAUUUCGUUAUCGGAAGGCUUCGAUUUGUCCCCGUUGUUCGAGGAGAAGAAAGAGGAGAAGCCGGAGCUGAGAUUCGCCACCACACGGUCGGCAAACACCGUGAUAACAAAACUAGAGGAGGUGGCAAAAAGGGGCAAAUUCAACGUGAAGAAGAGCGAGUCUAGAGUAAGAUUACAGGGUCAGGAAUGCGGUAGGAAAGGGAAAUUAGCAAUUGGCGCAGAGAUAUUCGCAGUGACACCGUCAUUCCUUGUCGUGGAGGUGAAGAAGGACAACGGUGACACCCUGGAGUACAACCAAUUCUGCAGCAAAGAGCUCCGGCCGGCUCUCAAGGACAUCCUCUGGACGUCACCUGCCGACAACCCCACCAUUGCUUAACGGUGGGAUUUGAAGAUUAAAAGAUGUGAAUUAUUGUUUAUGGUAAUUAGUUUUAUGUGAUUGUUCAUCGGAAUUUAGGAGGGAUGUUAUCACCGUGGUUUGGAUUAUUUUCCCGUAAAAUGUGUGUGUUUGUGGUUUAACCACAGAGGAUGAUGCAUUAAUCAUCAUUCAUUAAAUUUGAUCAUGUUGGAUGCAUUUGGAAAGUGUAAUUUAGUGGAUUGUUUGCUACCAAUUUUAAAUUUUUUU